UAUUUAUGGAUAUUUCUUACAGGGGUCGUCGAGAUGGUUCGCGUGAAGACCGUCUAUUCUAAAACGUACGUGACGCCGCGUCGUCCGUUCGAAAAAGCGCGUCUCGACCAGGAAUUGAAACUUAUCGGUGAAUACGGACUGCGUAACAAGCGUGAAGUCUGGCGUGUAAGGUACACCUUGGCCAAGAUCCGGAAAGCCGCUCGUGAGCUACUCACGUUGGACGAGAAGAAUGAACGUCGUCUCUUCGAAGGAAAUGCGUUGCUCCGUCGCCUUGUAAGAAUCGGGGUGUUAGACGAAGGACGUAUGAAGCUUGAUUACGUUUUGGGCCUCAAGAUUGAAGACUUCCUAGAGCGACGUUUGCAAACGCAGAACGAACGUCGUCUUUUCGAAGGAAAUGCGUUGCUCCGUCGCCUUGUGAGAAUCGGGGUGUUGGACGAAGGACGUAUGAAACUUGAUUACGUUUUGGGCCUCAAGAUUGAAGAUUUCCUAGAGCGUCGUUUGCAAACGCAGGUGAAUUUUACGUUGCCAGAGCUGAUUAAACGAAGAGAUGGAUUCGUCUAUUGUGACGUAGUGAAAGUGUCGGAAGGAGUGCUGAACUUUUUUAACGUGUUUAAACUUGGAUUGGCCAAGUCGUUUCAUCAUGCCCGAGUUCUCAUUCGUCAACGACACAUCAGAGUUCGAAAGCAGGUCGUGAACGUGCCUUCUUUCAUGGUGCGCUUGGAUUCGCAGAAGCACAUUGAUUUCUCGUUGAAGUCACCGUUUGGCGGCGGAAGAGCUGGUCGUGUGAAGCGGAAGAACCUGAAGAAGGGUCAAGGCGGCGGCGGUGGUGACGAGGAAGAAGACGAAGAUUGAGCAAAAUUUUGAGGAAUUGUGCUGAAAGCGUCGGGAGUAAAGUGUUACUUCGGAA